AUGCUCUCUGCUGCUCACAAUGUGCUCUACUUCGUGCUCGACAUCAAACUGUUUGUCACCAGCUUCCUUCAAUACUUGUUUACAUUUUUAUUCCUUCAUCUACUAAAAUUUGCAAAUUUUGUUCCAAUUGUUCAAAUUCCAAAAAUGCAAUUAUUUUAUGCGGCUGGCGCAAAAUUUGUCGAAACAAUUUUGGCGGCUUUUGCGAAUUCGCACAAUCGAACCGGCGAAUUGUAUUUAGUUCGAGUUUUUGACUUCUUCUUCACUUUUUCAAUUGUUUUCUACCACACGUUUCGAGCAAAACAUGGAGUUCCAAUGAAACCAGAAAGCUUCUUAAUUAUCCCACUCGGCCUGUUCGUUUCAAUCAGCUGGCUGGAACCCGGCCAAUUGGAAUACAGUGCAAUUUCAGCGAUUGCUGCCUUCCUUCUUCCAUUCGCUCGAGCGGCAUCUUUGAUUCUUCUCAAAAACGCAUUCGAAUCGACCGGAAAAGUUCAUCUAAACGCAUUCUGUUUGGAGUACACCCGCUAUGUGUGCGCAUUUCUCGCAAUCCCAGCCCUUUUUUCCUAUUUGGGCAGCUCCGUUGAAGUGACGGCCAGUUGGGAAUCCAUCGACUACGUCCUCAUGUAUCUGUCAUUCUUAUACAUGAUUUGCAAUCAAUACAGUGAUUUGUGGUUGAGUCUAAGUCUCAACUCGAAUUCCUACGUCACAUUGGACAACACGAAAUACCUCCUCGCUUCUUGCGCGCAAUGGAUCAUCCAGAACAUGGCUCACCCAAACAUACUGGCAUUCGGAGCAAAAUUCGUCGCAUUUUCUUGCUUAUUCAGAAUUUGGACAAGAUUCAAUUGA